AUGAAAACAGAUGGUGAGGUACACACAAGCUACGAUAGUCUUGAAGAAGUUGAUAAAGAGAACAAAAAGAACACUUGGAAGUUAUUUGGUGGAGAUAUUGGUAAACACUAUAAGGUCUUUAAGCUCACCCUUCAAGUAACUGAUAAGGCUGAUGAUGGCACUGCUGUUGCUAAAUGGACGGUAGAAUAUGAGAAAAUCAACGACGAUAUUGACCCUCCAAAUGGAUGGAUGGACUGCCUUACCAAAUGCACUAGAGAUGUUGAUGCUCAUCUUAUCAAAGGAGAGAAAGUUGCUACAUAA